AAAAUAAAUACACUUAGAGAUGAACGUGAUGCAGCAAUUUCUAGUAGUGAAGAAGUAAAAAGUGAAAAUAAGAAAGUUCAAGAUGAGCUCACUGCUAAAGAGCGAGAAAAUCAUUCUCUUACAAAGAAAGUUGCACAACUUGAGUCUGACCUGGAUGAAGCUCUAAAAAAAUUGAAAGAAAUUACUGAAAA